AUGGCGUUGUCGGUGGUAAGGACCAGCUCUUGCUCGGUGCCGAAGCUGGUCGUGAUCGACAUGGACCACUUCGGCCUUACGUCGUCUCACCCUCCUCCUCCCUAUGACUACUGCAUCCUAGAUGAGGAAGCCAAGAAACCACUCCUGCUGCUACCAUCAGAAGAUGCCUAUGGAGGUGAUCCGAUAGCCGACUACAAGGACAUUGAUGUCGUGGCGGUCGAACCAGAGCGGGAGGAGCUCGCGAGCGAGGUGGCCGAGAUACUGGUCUACGAAGCAGAAGAACAGGAGGAGGAGACGAUCAAGUCCGUCAAAGAGGCCGAUCAGGACGGCGACGUGCUGGUUGAAGCUGCGGCACCUGAUGGCGUCAGUCAGUGUGCUCGGGAGGAGGAGGAGGAAGAAGAAGAAGAAGAAGGCGUCAGCAAGACUGGCUUCGGCAUGGGGAGCCUGAGAGUGAAUGGUGUCGGCGCGCUCUGCUCGUUCGGGGUUGCAGCUGCCACGUUCUGCAUCUUGCUGCUUGGUGGCAAGCAGCAGCAACUGCACAAGAGGCAGGGUCACAAGAUCCAGCUCCAGCACAUGUAUGCUGACGACGAGAGGAUCCAGCAGGUUGUGCAGCAGGCCUCCUGGCUGAACCAGACCAUGUCGUCGGUCACGGGAGGCGCAUCAUCUGCACGGGCAAGCAUAUCGUUCGGCGGGUACUACCAAGGGUUUUGA